AUGGAUUUUCUUCUCCAGCCCACUUUCCUGCUCUUCACAUUUCCUAUCUGGUUACAAGGAUCAGAUCCUCCACAGACGAUAAAACACAAAAAUAAUGAGACAGCUAUGUUGGGAGCAAAUGUGACCAUUUUCUGUAAUUUGACAACUCCAGCAGAAGUUGUCCAAAUUACCUGGCAGAAGAUCCAAGACUCUUCGCCACAAAAUAUUGGCACCUAUAGCAGAAAAUUUGGUGAAAAAGUUCUUCCGCCAUACCAAAAUCGACUGCGAUGCAAGACCAUAGAACCCAAUUGCUCAUUUAUAACUAUCAAGGAAGUGAAAUUUGAAGAUGAAGCCUGCUAUAAGUGUCUAUUUAAUGUGUUCCCACGGGGCAGCCAUGGAGGAAAAACCUGUCUGAACAUUAUAACUCUCUCUGUACUAAGAACGGAACUCCAGACCAACCAUGACACUGAAGAUGUUGUUAGAUUUAUUUACUCGGCUGUUGGAAAACCUGUUCCACAGAUAUCUGUUUUCCCCUCAAAAGUCUUGACUAGCUCACCAGAGGAAUCCCUUGCUGAGAAUCCAAAUGGCACAGUGACUAUCACUAAAACAUUUAACAUCUCCCUGGAGCACGUGAAGGUACUAAACAUCCAACAGCUGAUUGUACACGUGGAUCAUCCUCUUAGGAAAGAAGAGAAGGUUGUCCUUCUGCCAGUGGGGUCAGAAUGUGCUUCAGUUCAGAAGGAACUUCUGAUUAUGGCUUUUGGUGUAACUUUUUUUGUCUUGGGUAUUUUAAUUGCUAUUGGAACAUUUUGCUGUUGGAAAAAGAAAAAGUCAGAGAAGCCUCCUCCAGAGGCCAAACUUCCUGAAGGCUUAAAUGCCAAAGAUCCUGAACAGCCUGAGGAAGCUUUACUGAACUGUUCUCUUCCGGCAAACACUCUCACUGGGGAAGUAAGCAUCAAGAACCUAGGAAUCGCUUUUCUACAAGUACCGCACCCCAAAACAAGAAGGAAACCUCCUACACCCAAAGCUGAAGUUAGAGCCAAAGCUCUGAAGGUCAAGAAAGCAGUGCUGAAAGGUGUCCACAUCCAUAAAAAUAGAGAAGAAAAUCCACACAUUUACCCACAUUCCAAAGACCCAAAAUUCCGAGGUUAA